GUUAUUUUAUAGUUGGAGGAAAAAAACAUUAUACGAAGGACCACUAGUAAUUUUGUCCUACGAAAAGCAAGUGGAACUGGCAUGUACCCAGCUAAGUCCAAAUUAAUACCUAUGGCCCGUGUCCGAUUCGUUUCGUUCCAUCCAAAUUGAUGUCCAUACGAAGAGGGUAGAUACUAGAAUAAUGGACAUUUCAGACUUCAGAGCAGAUAUACGAGCCGUGUGUGUUCAAAAAUUUCGUCUUUGAGUCUCAGGUGUAGAGAAGGCGCAAGAAAGGGGAUGUCUCUUCGAAUAAAAGCUGUUGUAGAUAGGUUUGUAGAGGAGUUGCAGGAAGCACUAGAUGCUGAUAUACAAGAUAGAAUCAUGAAGAAGAGAGAGAUGCAAAGUUACAUCAGGGAACGUGAGCGUGAAGUUGCCGAGCGGGAAGCUGCAUGGAAGGCUGAGCUUUCUCGUCGGGAGGCAGAGAUUUCUCGCCAAGAAGCAAGGCUGAAGAUGGAGAGAGAAAAUCUUGAGAAAGAGAAAAGUGUAUUAAUGGGAACUGCAUCAAAUCAGGAUAAUCCAGAUGGAGCUCUUGAAAUCACAGUCGGUGGCGAAAAAUACCGUUGCCUCAGAUUUGCCAAGGCCAAGAAGUGAGGCUUUACUGGGUUGGCUCCAAGAAAAUGAAUACGAAUCAGACAGUAGAUUCUCCAACAAAUACCUAAUGUGAGGACUAUGGAGAAAUAUUUUUGGAAGAUUCAGUCAUUUUGAAGCUAAAAGAAAGUCACUUGCCAUGCUUUUUGUUGGAAAUUAUGUGUUAAAAAGGGGAUUUUUCAAGUUAAAUAAGAAUGAUAAAAAGUGGAAUAUAAGCGUGGUCUCCCACAAGCUGCUGCCCGUCCAUUUUCUGGGAGGAGGCAUCUUUUUCUCUAAAACUUCAUCUCUCUCUAAGUUUCCCUCGACAAUGCUACUGAAUAUUCCAUUUAAGGCAGAAAGUUGAAAUUUGUAGCAUAUGCAAUGGUUAUAAAGAUACUUGCAGAAUUUUACAUUUAUAAAUCCACGGUAGGUAUGUAAGUAGAAUAAACGGUGAUGCUCGAGGAUAAUGACAGGUAAAGGAUCCUUUCUGACUUCUUA